AGCGCCACAGUGGGGCCGCCGCUGUCCCCUUCCCCUCUGCCGGGUGAGGCCCUUGGCUUGGCUCGGCGGGCGGGCCCGAUCCCGCGUUCCUUGUUGCCUGGUUGCGCGGGGUCCCGGCUGCGUCCACGUGGGUUGCUGCUGCUGGGUGCUGGUCCUUUAAGAGCGCGCUCCCGCGGCAGGGGAGGCGGGGCCCCGCCGGCUACAAAGCGGGGCAGCGCUGGGCGCUGCAGCUCCAUUUUGCACGCGGAAGGUAGGCGUGGAGGCACGCACGUAACACCAGCAGCAGCACCCGCAAGGCAGCCCGGGGCGCGCUCCUUCUCGUUCUCCCUCUCCAUCGCCUUCCCGCCGCCAAGAUGCCCAUGUUCCUGGUGAACACCAACGUCAGCCGCGACGCCGUGCCCGAGAGCCUGCCCGGGGAGCUGACCCAGCAGCUGGCCAAAGCCACCGGCAAGCCUGCCCAGUACAUCGCCAUCCACAUCGUGGCGGACCAGCUGAUGUACUUCGGGGGCUCUUCGGAUCCCUGCGCCCUCUGCAGCCUGCACAGCAUCGGCAAGAUCGGCGGGCAGCAGAACAAGACCUACACCAAGCUCCUCUGCGACCUCCUCACCAAGCACCUGCACAUCCCCGCGGACAGGGUCUACAUCAACUACUACGACAUGAAUGCGGCCAAUGUGGGCUGGAAUGGCUCCACCUUUGCUUAGUGGGCUUCCUCGUGAGCAGGGGGCCCACCCCCCUCGCCUCCCUCUUGGAUGGAUCACGGUUGCCUCUUCACCCACCCACCCUGCCGUUGCCGCUGUAACAUUCCUUUGUAGAAAUGGAAAACAAAUAAACCCAUAGAAAGAA